UUUAACAUUUUAUUUUUUAACUCACAAAACAUUAUCACUCAAUUGAACAAAAAAAUAUUUUAUUUUUGCUAUUUCUUAUUAGUUGAAAAAAAUAAUAAGUAAAAAGUGAUAACAUAUUUCAAAUUUAAAUAAAUAUCUAAAAUAUGCGCCUAUAAUAGUUUUAAAUUCCUAAACACAAAUAAUGCAACUUUAUUAAAGUUCCUAUUAAAAGUUACAACUGCAAUUAGAAAUUAAAUCGAAUACAAAUGGCUUCUACUUCGAGUCCAUCAGGAUCUGAAAACCCCACGGAUAACUUGAAAAAAGAACCGUCCAAAGGUAUUCUAAAGCCUUCUGUCAGUUAUGAAGAAAAAGAAAAACAGAAAAAAAUUGGGAACAAGUCUGCUAAGUGGGAUGAAAUGAACAUAUUAAAAACUUUACAUCCACCAGAUAAAGAUUAUGGACACAUGAAAGUAGAUGAACCAAAAACACCAUAUGAACGAGAAGUUAAUGAAGAUGAUGACGAAAUGGAUGGUGGUGUAAAUGCGGAAGAGUUGAGGAAAAGGAUUGAGGAAGGAGGUAGCCGAAGAAGUAGUUCAUUUCAAUCAGAAGAAGAACCUGAAUCUGAAGAUGAAUCUCCAGAAGAUAAAAUUACAAGGGAGGUAUUUGAACAAAAAAGAAAGGAACAUUAUAAUGAAUUCCAGACUGCAAAAAUAUUGGCCAAACAAAUGAUGGAUGAAGAUGAUGAUGAGAAUGAUGAGAAUAGUAAACAAAAUGAAGCUAGCCUGGUAUAAAGUACAUUUUUCUUGUUGUGUGUUUUCUAAAAGCUUAUUGCACAAUAUUGAAGAACAAAAAUGUAUUGUGAUUUAUUAUGUUAUUUUAUUAAGGUAACCUUUUGCAUAAUUAGCAGUUUGUUAACCACAAAUAUGGAUUGCUUAUUAUUUCAUAAAUAUAAUUUGAUUCAAAUUUAAAAAAAUCGUUAUCAUAAAUUAUUAAAUUUAAUAUGUAAAAUUUUCAGUUUCUUUGAAGCACAUAGUUGGUUUUUAUAAAAUAGCUAAUAAACUAAACAUGUUGCCUAACACAAUCUAUGUAAAAUUAUAUUGCAAAUAUAACAUUCAAUAUUUUUUA